CCUCAAUAUCUACUACUCCCACAAACCUAAGAAGAUCAACAAACAACCACCCUCCCACACACACACACAUAUAUAUAGAUAUAUACACAACAUAAAUAGAUCAAACAGUAUACAGUAACACAAACAAGAAGAAGAAGAAGAAGAAGAAGAAGAAUACAAUGAAUUACAUAUUCGAAAAUCAAGAAUGCAGCAGCGGUUGUGAGUCAGGCUGGACUCUCUACUUCCAGCAGUCUUAUAAAACGGAAGACGAUUCGCCUGAGCCCCGGACGAAGAGAUCUACCGAGGAGGACGACGACGAAGAUCUGUCUAUGGUGUCGGACGCCUCGUCCGGGCCGCCUCAGGUGCAUGAGGAAAGCUGCUUCUAUGAUAACUACGCUACGGUUUCUGAGCCGUCGUCGGAAAGGAAGAAGAAAAGGGCAAAUCGAUGUCGGAAAAAGGCGCCGGAACAAUCCUCUUUGCUCGACGACACUGCUAGCUCGUCGCUUUACGGAUACUGCUAUAAAACAAGAAGCCAGGCAUCAGUGGAGAAUGUGGUGGAAUAUUCACAAGGCUACUCCUCAACUCAGUUUGAGGUGAGACCUACAUAUGUAGAGGGGCAUUAUGAUUUCUUGCAGUCUGGAAACCAACAACUUCAGCAGCAAAACCAAAAAGGAAAUGAGCGAGUAGCUCGGGACGGAGGGAGUAUUUACUAGUAGUAAAUUGGAUUUGGUGUGAAUCUUAGCAGGUGGUUUGAUUUGAAGGUAAAAGGUGGUGACUGGUGAGAUGAUGUAAUAAUGUUCAAAAGGGUUAUGUUUUUGCAAAGGCAAAAAUGAGUCUUGAAAAGGGGAUUUUGUUUCCUUUUCUUCUCUGCUGUAAUACAAGUGGGAAACAGCUUGAAAGAAAGAAAAAAAAGCAGAAGAAGUGGAAUUUCAAAUCUCAAUAUUUUGUACUAGUAGAUUCAAGAUUUUCUAGUAUUAGAAAUAAUGGCAACAAUUAUUUUUUAAUUUAUGUAAUUAUAUGUAGACAGCCCCUUGUGCUCCCUUUUGCUGCGACAUUGAAGAUCUGUCUAGAAUUUGU